AUGAAGGUGCCAUGGGCGUGGCUAAUCUUAGUUGCCAUGGCAGCUGCUUCAACACCUGCAAUCCCACCGUAUAUGGAUAACGAUCUCGUUCCUCAUAAUUACAUUGACGACAGCGAUAGCAACAGGGGCAUUAACAACGACGACAACAGCAACGAGCUUUCAAAAAGUAGCCCUUGUCCAGAUUCAUGCACUUGCUACUGGGGUACCUACCCGUCCACUGCGAUGAUGUCAAAUGAGACGCAGGUGUUGGACAUGUCGCACAACAAACUGAUGAACAUCACCUCUCUAGCCAACGUGAGCGAUCUCCUUGUCCUUGAUCUCUCCAGCAACUGGUUGAGGGUUCUGGCCAACUCGUGGCUGUUUGAACACGUGUCUAAACUUCGUGUCCUUAGUCUGGCGGACAACGGGCUGCAGUCACUGCAACAUGGCAGCUUUAGCGGACUCAACCAGCUCCGGCAAUUGGACCUGUCCAAGAACAUCAUCAGGAGAGUGGAAACUCAUUCCUUCAGUGGAUUAGGUAAUCUAGAGGUGCUCAGGCUCGACAACAACGAGCUGUAUCAACUGAAGAGAGAGUGGUUCCUGCCCUUGACCUCACUGACAGUUCUGUAUCUGGGUGGUAACUACGUGGCCAAGUUGGAACCCAACACUUUCAGCAAGCUGACCUGUCUGCACCACCUAGACUUGUCCUACAACUCGCUGCGAAAUAUACCAGAUGACGCUCUGAAUGGGUUAAAUAGCCUGAAACUGCUAAACAUAUCUGGCAAUAGCAACCUCCGAAGCGUCCCCAGCAAAGCGCUGCAGCCAUUUUCAUCUGUGAAUAUUCUGUUGAUGGAUGGUGUGGCCAUGUCUAGACUACAGCCCUUCGCCGUGUCCAGCAUUGGUGUGGCAGAAAUCUCUCUCAGUUUUCUGCCCAGACUUCGAGUAGUGGAGAAAUCUGCUUUCUACAACCUGACAAACUUAAGAACGUUGCAACUCCAUGACAACCAAAAUCUAGUUUUUCUGCACCCAUCAGCAUUCUCCUUGUUACCAUUCCUACGCCAUCUUUUUAUCCACAACAACGGCCUCAUCGCCGUGGCCAGCCAGAUUAUCAUAUCUCUCCCUGCUCUGACUGACCUUCACCUUCAUCACAACCCACUCCAUUGUGACUGUAAUAUCUACUGGCUGCGCAAAGAGCUCAACAAAGUUUAUCAGUUGGAUUACAAAACUAAACUGCAAGCGGGUCAAGACAGCGCUCAAUCAUCAAACACGACAACAGACUAUAAUAACACAAGACUGCUGUCUGCUGCCUCACCUGCCACUACAACUCCCACAAGCACAAUGAACAGCAGCGACCCGAGUGUCCACACUGGCAGAAUGUUCAUCAGUGAACCAGACCGAGUCUCUUGCUUCUUUCCCGCGGGGAAGGCCAGCAUGCCUCUGAUCCAGCUGCCCAUCCUGUAUUUCUCCCCAACGUGUCCCCCAGCCACGCUUCCCUUGUUUUCAGCAUUUAUGAACGUCAGUCUUGGCGACGAACUUUGGCUGGAGUGUCAAGGGCUUGGUGUUCCCGCUCCAACCCUCUCCUGGAUUCUACCAGGGGGUCUGGAGGUCAAUUACUCUACGGUAUCUCACUUGACGCAAGACUGGACAGCGGCCAGAUCGCCAGUGGAGCUGGUGGAGGAUACCCUCCUGUACAUCCAGUCGGCUAAGCUGUCAGACAGUGGGUCCUAUGGGUGUCGGGCUGUGAGCCCCUUGGGGGACGACAUCAGUACCACAGUUGUGCACGUCCAGAACAAGCCGCUCAGUCUUAGCGAAGUCAAGGUCAGCAACGAUUACAUCACCGUGUCCUGGAGAGGGUCCAUACCUCGGGUCCAAAUGUCCGACUUCCAGCUUUUCUACAGACGCGUCUCAAACUUCAACACCGACAGCGGCGAAGAGAUUAAGGAAAUCCGGGAUCCAGUGUUCAAUGACACGAAACAGCUACGGCAAAAUAGCAAGGAGAAAGCGUAUGACGUUAUUUUUCUGCACAGUUCUAUUCACAAAUGCACAAUUACAGGCCUCAGACCUCAGACGACGUACGAAGUCUGCUUGAUGUAUAAGCAGGUACACCCGGUUGAGUGUCACAACUACACCACCACUCUGAACAUGCAUGUUGUGUCUGCGGAUGGUAUUGUCCGCAUCAGCAAGACACACAUCGCACUGGCCAUCGCCUCGGUGAUGGGAGCGAUGCUACUGAUUGCUGUGAUACUGAUCGUCAGAAAGGUCCGCUACCACAAGGACUACCAGGACCCCUUGACUGAGGAGGAGAAGACUAGCAUCCCUUUGGAAGGGAUCCAACACAUCACUACUCCCAGCACGCCGCUGACAACCUCUCGGACCGCCCUGUUGGUCAAUUCUCAGAUCUAA